AUGCCGCCGCAUGAUCAGAAGAUGGUUGAGACUGCUCUAGCUCUCGUAGCACUUUGUUCAGAAGUCCCAUACCUGCUUGGCUACUACUUCGAGCAUCUGCGGGCAGGAGAGGCGUCCUCGGCGACUCUAUUGCUUGUCAUGAGUACUACGGGAUUCUUGAGCACAAUAGUGUUCGGGCUGAUGGCGUCCUUCGCUCUGAUGAAGUUCCAGGAGCAGGGAGUGUCUCAGGGAGAGUAUUGCGACGGAAAGGCAAAGAGUGCAACGGUUUGUGAGGACCUUGAGAAAGGAGAACGUAGUGCAGAGGGGUCGAUUAAUGGCACGGUCGGUGAUGGUAUGAUGGAGAUGCGCGUGGACGUGGAGAGUCGCAAAGCAUGA